AUGCUGAUCGACUCGUCAACAUGGAAGGAGUACAGCAAGAUGGACGCCGAGUUGGAAGCCAGUAAGCUGCUACCCAAUCUACCACCGAGUAAGUCCUUCGAAGACUACUCAUCCGCGCUCGAGCUGCGCCAGUCUUUCAAUGAGCAAAUUGCUCAGCUGGUCGCGGCCGGUAUCGUAAGCCUGCCAGACUGGACUGGGUACCACCGAUCCGAGAUUUACAUUCGGACGCGCGAUGGCGCACCCCUGCGUUCGCUCGUGUACCGUCCAGAGGGCAAAGAAGCAGGGCCACUGUAUGGACCUGAACACGUCUUCCCUACUGCCGCGCACGAUGCCAUCGAUGCGGUCAAAUGGUGUGGCGAAAAUGCAGCGUCGUUGGGCGCCAACCCUUCUAAAGGCUUCACCGUGGGAGGAACAUCAGCUGGAGGUAAUCUGGCAGCUGUAGCAGCUCAUCAAGUUGUUGACGACAACUUGUCUCCGAAGGUGACUGGCGUCGUCCUCCUGUCUGCCCCGUUGUGUCAUCGCGAAGCCAUGCCAGAAGAGUACAAACCCCACAUAUCCAGCUGGGAGGACCACAAAGACGGCCUGGUACUGAGCCGACAAGCCAUUGAAUGGUUCUAUGACAACUACAAACCAGACCCCAUGUCACCGUUGAUGAGUCCGUUGAUCUGGAAGACCCAUAAAGGCCAACCCGCUACGUAUCUGCAGGUUAUGGGUCUGCUCCAAGACGCCGGCACACCAACUAAGAUGGAGGUUUACACUGGGCUCCCGCAUGGCGCACCCGACUUCUUUCCCAUGCACAGCGUUUCGAAGAAGGCAUUGGUGGAUCUGAAGGAGGGUAUAGGUUGGAUCUUGCAGCAAAGCUCGGGUUGA